AUGGAAAUGUCAAUUACAGUGCAGCUCGUCUUUGCACCUACGGGGUGCCAAUUCCCGGUGGAAGUGAAGCACCAGAGGUCCUCCCCUGUGUUCACCAGUUCCUCAUUGGCAUCGUCGUCGCCGGGGAGUUUCUCCCAGUCGUCAAAGAUCUUUGUCUCCGACAUUGUGUCAUGCGUCUACAGUUGUCAGGUCGCCCCACUACGCAAUACGGAGACGGAGAGAAGUGGGAAGAUCUACGUUGAGGUGUUUGACUACGCCACGCUGCGGCCCCUUUUAACCAAUGAGACAGUGGUGGAUGGACAAAAGUUGCUGCUCUUUGUGCCGACCAUUGUGGCCGACUUGCUGGCCGAGCAGUUGCUCCACCAGCGUGGCCAUGCUGUUGUGGGUAGCCAAAGUAUUCAUACAGAUGAGGAAGAGCGCUGGAAGAACCUGCGUCAAGCGAUUUUGGCGCUUAAUGCCCCUCUAAAACUACAUCAGGAGCUCAUGGUAAAGGAGAUGGGGUCCUGCGUUCAACUCCUUGAAGCUACCACCGCUCAGUUAAAUGCGGCGAAGGAAAAUAUACCUCGUGUGCUAGGGGAACUGAAAGACAUAAAGUUGUUCUAUGACCCUGAAGUGCCACUAGCAACUCUUGCAGAGAGAAAGCACCUUGAUGCUGCGGUGCAGAAGGGCGAGGCAAGACUGCGAGAGGCGGCGAAGAUGCUGGAAAGCGUGCAAGCCAUGGCUCCUGCUGUUAUGGAAGCCAGCAACGCAGAAGCGAAACUCAGUGAGGAGGUUGAAAAAACAUCGGCGUGGAAGAAAUGUUCCCCAACUUUCGUGGAUGGGCGUGAGGAGUCGUCUCUCACUGUAUUGAUGUACGAAGUCGACCGCAAGGUUCAGGUGGUGCUUGGCAUUGUGGAGGAAAUAGCUAAACUCACGAAGAAAUUGCAACGGUGCAGGCACUACGCUUCUGCCGUUUUGGACCUUGUGGUGGAGCGACACAAGAAGCUGUGCCUGCUUCCGGAGGGAAUGGAGGCUGCCAAAGAAGUGGUGCAUCGCCGAAUUAUUUUACGACGCGCUAUCCGUCGUGUGUUGGUGCCGUUGGAGGUCGAGUACCACGCAACGGAACGAAUUAUUCACAAGUUUGCAGAGAAAUGGAGCCAAUGGCUGCCGGACAAUCUCUAUAGGGCGGUGUCAACCCCUUUGCCGCCUUUGUAUCCCCCAGAUGACUUCAUUGCGAACGACAUGGACCGUCUUUUUCUUGAUGUCGAAGAUGAUGAAACGGAGAAGCUGUUGGCUGCCAUUGACGCGACGUCUUCGCCGCAAGGCAGAGGUAGUCACACGGCAGAAAUGAGGUUAAGGGAAAUGGAGGAAAAGCUGCAGCAGUGCAGUGCGGCGUUGAAGAAGGCGCAGAAAGAAAAGGAGGAAGUUGAGGAGGAGUUGAGGCAAAUGAAGUCCUCCGCGGUAUCCACCACACACGCCCCGUAG